GACAACCCCACUAUAAUCCCGGGCUUAAUCGAAUAGUUGGCUGGGAUGAUAACGGGAUAAGAACCUGAUUAUUUUUAUCUUGGCACUAUGCGACAACGUGUUGGCUUUUCCCGAAAAAGUGGGGAUUUGUUCCCUAUAAAUAGAAUCGGAAAAGUACGAGGAGACAUAUUGCGACUUUGUUUCUGACUAGGUGACGUAGUCAGAGGAUAGAAUAAACUCAUUUUGAAAAUUAAGCAGAUAAGUGCGGCUGUGGUUUGUAAACCACAUACUAAAAUUAUAGUCAGAGACGGGACAAAUAUUCAAUCAAAUUCCGCGCCUUUUUAGUACUUAGAUAUGUCACGGGAUUUAAACACUUGUUGCAUGUCCAUCGUGCGAUUUCCUAUAUUUUCGUAGAAAUAUAAACAAAACAAAAUAAACCUGUUGAAAUACAAAGGUUAAAACAAAAAAUGGGUGUUUAACCUACACAUCAAUAAAUUCCAUCGGCGGAGAAAUAACUUGCGGUGAUUAGAUCUGUAGUAAUGUUUUCAAUGAAUGAAAAGGAAUUGUAGAUAAUUGUGAAACCUGAAUAAUCUAAUAAAUGUUAAAUAAGUUAUAUAAAUAUUUGGUCGAUUGUUUUGUAUGAAGAAAAAAGUGACAUACUAAUAGCAACCAUGGCGGAUACGGUAUAUAAAUACAUGAAAGUACAAAAUAGACCUUAUAGUAUAAAUGAAAUAGUAUCCAAUCUACAUAAUGAAUACGGUAAAUCAGCAGUACAAAAAGCUGUAGACAAAUUGGUUGCGGAAGGGAAAGUAUUUGAAAAAGUAUAUGGGAAACAAAAGGUUUAUUGUCCAGUUCAAGAUUCAAAUCUUGAUGUAGAGGAAUUAAUGAGAAUAGAUAGAGAAUUACAGGCACAUGCCAAUGAAGUUGAAAGUAAAUAUCAGGAAUUGGACAAAGAAAUUAAAGUGCAAGAAGCAUUGUUAAUAUCCGUGAAGUCUAGUAUUACAGUCGAAGAAGCAAAAAGGCAAAAAGCUGUGCUCGAAGAAAAUAUAAGAGUGUUAACAAAUAAGUUAGAUGAAUUGAUGGAUACAAGCAGUAAUGAAGAUUUGACCGAAACUAAAAGAAAAGCAGAAAGAGCAUUAGAUGAAUACUCACGUGAAUAUGCAAAACGUAAACGUUUAUGUACCGAAAUUAUAGAUUGUAUCUUGGAAAAUUAUCCUGGGAGUAAAAAUGAGUUAUAUGAAGAAAUAGGGAUUGAGCCAAAAAUUAUUCAAUGAAAUUAGUAUUAUUGUUUAUAAAUGUAAUAUAAUGUAUAUAAAAUAUGCAACUGUUUUAAGGAUUAGCUGCUACUAUAAGUUUUAAAAUAUUAUCCAUGACAUAAUUGUUAUUUAUAUUUAUAUUUAUUUAGGUAUUAUUAUAAGUUAUCGUUUAUGUAAGUUACGAAUUUAUGUAUAACUGUAUUUCAAGAAUUAGAAAUUUAUGCUCCAUUCAUUGAAGCUGUUAUAAUGAAAUAUUUAUAAAGAUUG